CUUCAACUUGAUGGCGAAGGCAAGAUUUAGAUUCUUAACUCCAUGUUUUCCUUUUCGGAAAAGCUCGCCCAGUAGAAGUAAGCAACGGCGAGAGCAGAGCCAAGUCUUCUGUAGUUGCUUACGCCAAGGCCAAGAUAAUAUAGAAUCGCUCAACAUGGUCAAUCACACGGAGACCGUCAAAUUCCGCGUGCGGUGGAGCGAAGCAUUCUCAUCAAGAUUUGUGCAAUUUGUGUUCCUCUUUGUCGCCUUCGUUGUACCCUUCCACCAACUAGGAUCGGUUUCCGCUUUGACGCCACCGUCACCGUCAACCACCGUUUCGCCGAGCGAAAUACCUUCUUUGAAGGAAGACCAUGAGGUAGUGGCUUCAGCGGAGCUACCGCCUAAUCCUGUUGAGCCAGCUCGAACACAAAAAUCGUCUGCACAGGCAACUUCGGCCGCGAAACAGGCAAAGCAUCCGAGCAGUACGCUUCAUCUCACUGAUGAAAAACUGGUGGACCAAGAGGAUGUGGUCGCCGCACGCACGAAGGACAUUCUGUACCGCUUGGGCAAGAUGGCCCCGGAGUUCACAGACGCGGUCGCGGCCAACAACGAAGCGGCCGACGCGCUGGACGCCAUGGCCGAUCAGAAGAAGCCGAGUGCUCAGAGUCAAUCCACGGUCCCGAAUCUCGAGAAAACUAUCGAGGACGCAGCCACGGAGUCGGCGGAGCAAAGUUUCUUUCUCGAAACGGGGGAGCCGAAAAUUACGUAUCCAACGGGGGAGAAAGAAGCACCGUCCUCUCCUUCGCACGAUGAGCAGCAACGGGAUGCUGGUCAUGCUGCACUAAUUGUAAACUCUCCCCCUGAUGGAGGGAAGCAAUUGCAAGCCGCUAGUCCUCCUACGGGACCCCUUACUGAAGAUUCUCUUCCCGCUGUAGCAGCUCCUCCAGAAGCGAACUUCAUCCAAAUUAGCUCGCUGCCGCACUACAACAGUAAGACAGUCGUCGACCUAGAUGCGGAUGACAGUACUCUGGGCCAAGUAGAGGAGCAGCAGAGCACUGAGUUUCAUGAAAGUCCCGCGAGUCAACUCCAACUGGAGGAGGAUCCGAACUUACAAGACACACACGAAAACGAUGACAAACGUCUCUCCGACGGUGCCGUAGAGUCCCAAAUAACUACUCCAACCACUACUGCGCCACCUAGUUUUGAAUCCCCGGUAGAUGCGGGGGCAGAAGCACCAGCACCGCCAACCGCAAGCGAUGAAGAAGCCGACGAGCAGCAACCGUCGGCCAUGGUGGAGCUUGCGGAAAAGCAGCAGAACGCGAAACUGGACAAGUUGAUCGAGCUGUACAAGGUCAAGCGGGGGAAAUUUUUGGAGCUGGAGGACGAGUUCAAGAGCUCAAAUCUCGACCCCAGCCGCAUGAUGGAGCAGGAGACGCGGAUGCGGGAACUGGGGAACGAACUAGAAAGCAUGGAGAUGGCUCUGAACUAUGGCGUGAAGCAGCUGGAAGCGAGCGUGAACAACGAGGCGACCGUGGAGAAAAAGAAGUUCGGGCAGUUGAAGGACAAAAUGGGCGAGCUGCUGAAAAAGUUCACAGAACUGCGGACGCGGGUGGCGACGCGAUUUGGCCAGCGCUUCGAACACCGGGAAGAGAUGACGUGGGAGCACGGAAAGAAACUGCUGGAACUCUUAACGCAGAUCACCGAAUCCUGGGAAAAAGCGCGAGAACAGAGCAACCUGGCAAAGGACAAAUACGACAACCUGUACAAUAGAAUUGUGUUUUACGUGGUGCUGCUUUCUAUUCAUCUGCAGUUCCGGUUGAAGCGAAUAUUUCAAGUUUUGAAUCUGACUACUUUGCGUUUCAAGUAUUAUAAAAUUGUACUUUCAACAACAGGAAAGACGCUGCCCUGACGAUCAAGAGCAACAUGCAGCGCGCUGCGCAGGAAGACGGGCAGGACAUCAUGCGCGAUCUGCUUCAGGCCGUGAAAGAGCAGUCUACAAUGGCUUUCUUCCUCCAAACCGGAGAAGUCGACGACACAAAUCACAGCGAGGAACGGAACAGUGCGAAGCAGAAUCUGGACGAACAGCGGAGCGAAAUCGUCCACCCCCAAAAGACCGAACCGGAAGCGGAACAAGAAGGAGCGUCAUGGUGGUCCUGGCCCUCGUCGUGGAGCUCAUCAUCAUCGGCAGAGACGUCGUCCGAAGCCGCCUCCACCGGAAAGCGACCGCGCAUGUUGCGGCGAGAACCACGGAAUUGAGAGAAAAAUGUCAUCGACGUCGUACACCACUGAUACUACCACGUUUCUGGAUCAUGCAUGCUAAUCUUCUGCAAUGAUAUUCAGAUAGCAUAGUUGAAAAUUUUGAGAGCGGGCGGGCCUUUUCUACUUUCCUGAGCCUGACUUUUCUCCACUUGCAAAAAUUCUGUAAAUAGUAAAUGAUGCUUGCACCACCACCAUCUUCCCAGUUUGAGCUUAGAAGAACCUUUGUUUGUCAUUUACAUUUUACGACGUGUAUCUCCAAAUAUGUACGAACGUCUCAUUUCAACUUUGUAAGAUUUGAAUACACCUAAACGAACCUGCUCGAACUCGAAGCCCACGACUGAAGAAUGUAUCAUCGACGGUCCCAUCGAAAAAGGAAAAGCAGAACUAUUUCCCGUUCUUCAAAAUCAUCAAAAACUACAUUGACUUUCCGUCUGAGCUCUGAUUGUGGGGAGUUCUAUCGGAAUGGAC